UACAAUGACCGGCGUGCCCCGCGCUCCGCGCCCCUUCUCUUUCAGCCUCCGGGACUUGCGAAGCUCCGCCGACCUGCUGACCGAAAACCGAUAUGGCGGCCACUCUGGGCAGCGGGGAGCGCUGGACCCAAGGGGGAAUCUGACAGACGCGGGUCCCCGAGCUCACAGAACUGUCAAUCCACUGAGAGAGUUUGGCCGGUUAACAGCCUUUUACAAAACACAGCCACUUACUUUGAUGCAAUUAGAAGAAACAAAUACCCAGAAGAUAGACGACCUGGCAGCCAUGAUCCCUGUGGUUGCUGUAACUGCAUGAGGGCACCAAAGGAAAACAAGUCUGAGAAUGAGUGGAAUCAGACCCGACAGGGAGAGGGGAGCUCCACUUAUACAGAGGAACAGCUACUUGGGGUACAAAGAAUCAAGAAGUGCAGAAAUUACUAUGAAAUUCUGGGUGUUUCUCGAAAUGCCAGUGAUGAAGAGCUUAAGAAAGCGUACAGGAAGCUUGCCCUGAAGUUUCACCCUGACAAGAACUGUGCUCCUGGAGCAACAGACGCCUUCAAAGCAAUAGGAAAUGCCUUUGCGGUCCUAAGCAAUCCUGACAAGAGACUCCGCUAUGAUGAGUAUGGAGAUGAGCAGGUGACUUUCACUGCACCUCCAGCCAGAUCUUACCAUUAUUACAGGGAUUUUGAAGCUGACAUCUCUCCAGAAGAACUAUUCAAUGUGUUCUUUGGAGGACAUUUUCCUUCAGGAAAUAUUCACAUGUUCUCAAAUGUGACAGACGACAGUCACUAUUUUCGCAGGCGACACCGCCAUGAGAGGACACAGACACACAAGAGAGAGGAAGAAGACAAAGCUCAGACUCCAUAUUCUGCAUUUGUUCAGCUGCUUCCAGUUCUGGUGAUUGUGCUUAUUUCUGUCAUUACUCAGCUGCUGGCUGCUAACCCCCCAUAUAGUCUAUUCUAUAAAUCAACCUUGGGCUAUACCAUUUCUAGAGAAACGCAGAACCUGCAGGUGCCUUACUUCGUGGAUAAAAACUUUGACAAGGCCUACAGAGGAGCUUCUCUUCGUGACCUGGAGAAAACAAUAGAGAAAGAUUAUAUUGAUUACAUCCAGACAAGCUGUUGGAAGGAGAAACAGCAAAAGUCUGAGCUGACCAAUUUGGCGGGGCUCUACAGAGACGAGCGACUGCGGCAGAGAGCAGAGUCGAUGAGACUGGACAACUGUGACAAACUUUCCAAGCUAAUCGGCCUCCGGAGGGGCGGCUGAAAGGACGGUGGCCCAGUCAGGGUGGGGCUUCUCUCUUGUUACUAUUUCCAUUGCAAAUUCCAUUUUAUAAUACACGGUAGGAAAUGAUGACACUUACCACCCGCUAACUUUGUCGGGCAGAGCUGUAGGACAUGGAGCCACAUUGUCACCAUCCAGUUCUUCCAGGCCUGGCUCCCAGGGCAGGGACAGUUCAUCUAAGUUACAUGAGUGGUGAGGUUUGGACGUGCUCCUCUGUGAAUGUAGAUCAGGGCAUCCCAGAGAAGACCCACAUUUCUUCCUUCAUCCUGCCUACAGCAAAAGCCCACUCCCUAGGUGUUUCUAGGCUCAGCCAGUGCACGUCAGAGCCUUGAUGGUGUCUGCGAGAAUUACCCUCUCCCUGCCAGAGUCAGCAUCCCCCAGUGUUCAGUUCUCCACUCCCAAGGAGAGUGGAGAGAAAUCGAGCUGUUUAGUAGUUUGGUGUUAUCCAAGGCUCUGCUGAGACAGGAGCAUUAGCAAACUGCCUGAUUUGUGGUUUCUUUUUUCUGAGAGAGGUAGCCCAGGCUAGUCUGGAACUCA